AUGGCAGCCCUUCUUUCAGCACUUGCAGUCCUUACUGCUGUCAAUGCUCAGGCAUAUUACUCUGGCUCCAGGGCUGAGGAUGCGUUCUCGUAUGUUCAGCCUCUGAACACAACCAUCUUGGAUGAUCGUGGCCACUCACCUGCAGUCUACCCUUCCCCCAACAUCUCUACAAGUGCAACUGGCGGCUGGGAGGAGUCGGUCGCAAAGGCUCGUGCCUUCGUUGACCAACUCACCAUCGAGGAGAAGGCUGACAUGGUCACUGGCCAGGCCGGACCUUGUAUUGGCAACAUUGUGGCUAUUCCCCGUCUUGGCUUCCAAGGUCUCUGCUUGCAGGAUGGACCUUUGGCCAUUCGCGUUGCAGACUACGCCAGUGUCUUCUCUGCUGGUGUUUCUGCUGGAGCAUCGUGGGAUAGAACCCUGAUGCACGAGCGUGGUUUCGCCAUGGGUCAGGAGUUCAAGGCCAAGGGUGCCCAUAUUGCCCUUAGCCCUGUUGCUGGACCUCUCGGUCGCUCUGCCUAUGCUGGCCGCAACUGGGAGGGAUUCGCCGCGGACCCCUACCUCUCUGGUAUUGCCAUGGAAGAGACCAUCAUUGGUCACCAGGAUGCCGGUGUCCAGGCUACGGCAAAGCACUGGAUCGGAAACGAGCAGGAGACUGCCCGCUACCCUGUCUUCACCAAGAACGGCACCACUACCGACACCGACACCGCUGCUGUGUCAUCCAAUAUCGAUGACCGUACUAUCCACGAGAUCUACAUGUGGCCCUUUGCCAACGCUGUCAAGGCCAAGGCUGCUUCUUUCAUGUGCAGCUACCAGCGCAUCAACGGAUCGUACAGCUGCCAGAACUCAAAGUCCCUGAACGGCCUGCUCAAGACUGAGCUGGGUUUCCAGGGUUACGUCAUGUCCGAUUGGGGUGCGGUCCACAGCGGAAUGGCUUCUAUUGAGGCUGGUCUUGAUAUGAACAUGCCUGGAGGUCUUGGAUCCUACGGUCGGGCUUUCGGUGCUCCUUCGUUCUUCGGUGGCAACGUGACCUUGGCUGUCAACAACGAUACACUCGAUGUUACUCGUGUGGACGACAUGAUCGUGCGCAUCAUGACUCCUUACUACUGGCUCGGCCAGGACAAGGAUUUCCCCACCGUCGAUCCCAGCACCCCGGCUCUGAACGACUUCUCUCCCGUCGACACCUGGACUCGUGAAUUCAACUUGACCGGUGAGAGCAGCCGCGAUGUUCGUGGUAACCACAGCGCCCUCAUCCGCCGCCAUGGUGCUGCUGGUACCGUCCUCCUCAAGAACACUGGCUCUCUUCCUCUCAAUGCCCCCAGGAACAUCGCUGUAUUCGGCAACGACGCUGCUGAGCCGAUGAAGCAGUUGAACCAGAAAAACUACGAAUAUGGAACACUUCUCGCUGGCGGAGGCUCUGGAACUGGCCAGGUUUCCUCCCUCGUUACUCCUCUGCGUGCAAUCCAGGAACGUGCCGCCGAGAACGGAACCAAGAUUGUUCAGUACUUCCUCAACAACACUGAGAUUGCGACCAGUGACCUCGACGACCUCUGGAUCAGCGAGCUUCCCAAUGUCUGUAUCGUUCUUCUAAAGACCUGGGCCGAAGAGGCUGCCGAUCGCGAGCAUCUCAACGUUGACUGGGAUGGUAACGCUGUCGUUGAGAACGUCGCUUCCAAGUGCAACAACACCGUUGUCGUCACCCACUCCUCCGGCAUCAACACUCUCCCUUGGUCUGACCACGAGAACAUCACAGCCAUCCUUGCCGCCCACUACCCUGGUGAGCAGUCUGGCUACUCGCUCACUGACAUCCUCUACGGCGACGUCAACCCUAGCGGUCAUCUACCCUACACUAUUGCAAAGAACGGCUCCGACUACAACGCUCCUCCCACUACUGCCAUCAACACUACCGGUUACUUUGACUGGCAAUCUUGGUUCGACGAGAAGCUCGAGAUUGAUUACCGCUACUUCGACGCCCACAACAUCUCCGUCCGUUACGAGUUCGGCUUUGGUCUCUCCUACACCACCUUCAACAUCUCCGACGUGACUGCCACUCCUCUCGAGAACAACAUCACUGCCCACCCCGAGGACCGCCCCAUCAUGCCCGGUGGCAACCCCGCGCUCUGGGAAUCCAUCUACAACGUCACCAUCUUGCUCACCAACUCUGGCGACGUCGCAGGCGCUGGCGUUCCCCAGCUGUACGUAGGCUUCCCCGAGAGCACACCUGUUGGCACACCGCCCAAGCAGCUCCGUGGCUUUGAGAAAGUCUACCUGGAGGCUGGCGAGAGUCAGACCGUCGGCUUUGAGCUCAUGCGCCGUGAUCUGUCCUACUGGGACAUCAUCAGCCAGCAGUGGGUUAUCCCUGAGGGCGAGUUCACCCUCUACCUGGGCUUCAGCAGCAGGGACAUUGUUAAGCAGGAGAAGAUCACCGUUGUCGGUGCGUAG